UGUUCAUUCCUCGUUUAUUGCGAUCUAAAUUCUAAACUGGAAUUUGGGAGAAAAUAGUCUAAAAAAUUGGUUCCUACUUUUGCGAUUUUUCAUUCCGUGAUCUCUCCUUUUGGUAGAAAGAGCUCCUAGAUCCGGAUGAAUGGAUGUGUGAUCCCGCACACGCCAAUAGCAGUUGAUUGUUGGCAAAGACGACUGGUGCAUGCCAAAAUAUGUUUUCUAACUCACAUGCACACAGACCAUACUCAAGGGUUAACCUCAUCUUGGGAUCAGCCGAUCUAUUGCUCUGAAAUCACUCGAAGUUUGGCGAUAGAACACUUGAAUAUCAAGCCAUGUUUUCUUAUUUCAAUUCCUGUUGGUCAAAGCACCAUUAUUCCUUUGGAUGAUGCAGGGGUUGAAACGAUGACGGUCACCUUGAUCGAUGCUAAUCACUGUGCCGGCGCUGUGAUGUUGUUGUUUCAAGGUUAUUUUGGUUGCAUUCUUCAUACGGGUGACUUUCGAUACUUCAACGGAAUGCUUGACGUUCCUCCAUUCACGAAGAACAUCGUCAUCAACACGUUGUACUUAGAUAACACAUACUGCGAUCCACGUUGCGAGUUUCCUUCACGAGCUGAAGCAAUCAAAAAAAUUUUAAAUAUAAUACAUGACAACCGUGGCAAGGAAGUGAGAAUUGGUCUCGAUAAACUCGGAAAGGAAGAGCUUCUUUUUGAAAUCGCCAAGGACCAAGGUGUUCCAAUUUUUGUUGAGGAAAAGUUGCGUCUCGAAGUGGCCGAGUUGCUUGGUCAUAGCGGGUUUUUCACAAGAAGUCAAGAGGACACGUAUAUUAAGGUGUUCAGUAGGCGUUCUGUGAACAGACGUGCGCUGAUGGAUUUGAAUAGGAAUGUUCGUCCAACCAUAGGCAUAUUGCCAAGCGCUUUAUACAUAGGCAGAACAAACCCAUUUGAAGAAAGCGAUGAGAUUUUCGUUGUGCCGUACUCAGACCAUUCGUCGUUCUCUGAGCUGAAAGCGUUCGUGGCUAAGUUGCGACCUGAACGUAUCAUUCCGGUUGUUCGUAAGAGCGGCCGAAAGGACGAAGACUUGCCCGACCGUUCGGACAUGACCAUAUUUGCGAAUGAAAUGUCAAGUAAUGCAGGGCCCCACAUUUUUGACAUACCUCCAACGGUUCGAGAAUUCAUGUCGGGAAGUUCCAAUAACCGCAACACACCUUCUCUAAAGCGUAAGGCCUCCAUCAGCUACUUUAACAGCAGAUCUAAACGACCGUGUGGUAUUGUAUUUUCUCCUGAAAAGCAAACGGCAGCUUGCGUGGAAACAGAUAAAGUGGCAGUCCAAGAAGAAGCAAAUACCUCUAACCAGCCGCACGAAGAUAAAGAUGUGGUGAACCAACAUCAUCUUCCUGUGGAUGAAGCAAGCAAGAUGUUGCAAGAAGAACGAGCUCCUUUCGACGAGGAAAUGUCAGCCAAAUCACUAGGCGACAAUGAAGUCGACAGGUCCCCUGGUACGCCAAAACAAGGAAAAUUCUCUGAAAGCCAAAAUUUGAAACUUAGUGGAACACCUAGUAAGCGUGUGUUGCAGCUGAAGCAGAGUAUUAUUGAACAUAUCCAGCGUAUGGUUGAGAGUCCUUCUGCAGUUGCUGUCAACCCGAAGGAACCGCGAGAAAAUGCUAGCGCUGUAGAAUUACCAAAGGACACUGAAAUAUCGUUCAAUAAAAGAAACACAGAUGAAAUUAACAUUUUACCCCAAAGUGGCAAUGAAUUGCAUCAGAAGCGAGAUGACGACUUGCCAAACUUGCCAGAAAUAGAAGCGAACAAGAAAUUGGAGCUUCCGGUAAACCUGGACCAACCGAGUGAGAUGCAGAGUGAGUUGAGUUCCACAGAACAUACCGAAGCAUUGAGUGACCCCAACUUUACAUCGUGUGGUUCACAAACUACAUCAAAUGAUCCGGAAACAUGCGAUCCACUGGCAACCGUGCCCAGAAAUUCAAGCAUUGAACUUGGUCGGCAUUCUGAAGGCAUAGUCGAGAACACGUCGAUCAGUAAGAAAACCUCAAAUCAGUGUAACCCACUAGAAGCUGAUGUUUCAGUGUCUGAAUCUGAAAAAGUUUUUGAACCUCAAGCAAAUGAGGCUGAAAAUAUCCUGGGAAAAUCUGAGCCCCAGUUGGUGCAGCAAGGUGUCCAAAGUGAUGUUUGCAACUCCCCAAUAGGGAAUGGUGCCCAAACUAAGAAUGGAGGGAGCGAAAUGGUAAGCCUGGACCAACCGAGUGAGAUGCAGCGUGAGUUGAGUUCCACGGAACAUACCGAAGCAUUGAAUGACUCCAACUUUACAUCGUGUGGUUCACAAACUACAUCAAAUGGUCCGGAAACGCGCGAUCCACUGGCGACCGUGCGCAGAAAUUCAAGUAUUGAGCUUGGUCAUUCUGAAGGCAUAGUCGAAAACACGUCGAUCAGUACGAAAACCUCAAAUGAGUGUAACCCACUAGAAGGUGAUGUUUCAGUGUCUAAAUCUGAAAAAGUUGUUGAACCUCAAGCAAAUGAGGCUGAAAAUAUCCUGGAAAAAUCUGAGCCCCAGUUGGUUCAGCAAGAUGUCCAAAGUGAUGUUUGCAACUCCCCAAUAGGGAAUGAUGCCCGAACUGAGAAUGGAGAGAGCAAAAUGGUAAGCCUGGACCAACCGAAUGAGAUGCAGCGUGAGUUGAGUUCCACAGAACAUACCGAAGCAUUGAAUGACUCCAACUUUACAUUGAGUGGUUCCCAAACUACAUCAAAUAAUCCUCCGGAAACACGCGAUCCACUUGCAACCGUGCGCAGAAAUUCAAGCAUCGAACGUAUAAGCGAACUUGGUCAUUCUGAAGGCAUAGUCGAGAACACGUCGAUCAGUACGAAAACUUCAAAUCAGUGUAACCCACUAGAAGCUGAUGUUUCAGUGUCUAAAUCUGAAAAAGUUGUUGAACCUCAAGCAAAUGAGGCUGAAAAUAUCCUGGGAAAAUCUGAGCCCCAGUUGGUGCAGCAAGAUGUCCAAAGUGAUGUUUGCAACCCCCCAAUAGGGAAUGAUGCCCGAAAUGAGAAUGGAGAGAGCAAAAUGGUGAACCUGGACCAACCGGGUGAGAUGCAGAGUGAGUUGAGUUCCACAGAACAUACCGAAUUAUUGAAUAACUCCAACUUUACAUCGUGUGGUUCACAAACAAGAUCAAAUGAUUCGGAAACACGCGAUCCACUGGCGACCAUGCGCAGAAAUUCAAGCAUUGAACUUGGUCGGCAUUCUGAAGGCAUAGUCGAGGACACGUCGAUCAGUACGAAAACCUCAAAUCAGUAUAACCUACUAGAAGCUGAUGUUUCAGUGUCUGAAUCUGAAAAAAUUGUUGAAUUUCAAGCAAAUGAGCCUGAAAAUAUCCUGGGAAAAUCUGAGCCCCAGUUGGUGCAGCAAGGCGUCCAAAGUGAUGUUUGCAACUCCCCAAUAAAUGAACACAGCAAAAUGGCAGCAGGUGAUUUCCAAUUUCCCGAUAACAGUUCUCCGGUUGUGCAUUCUAAACCAGAUGAUUUAACUAGGGACACUGUGGAACAUCAGUCUCAGCCCGGCCUUCAAGACUCUCUAAAGGCAUUAACUAAUGGGAAAAUUGGCGUUGCAAAAACAAAUCGUAAAAACGAUCUUCCUUUAAACGAAAUUUGCAGCGCGCAAAAAUUAGACAAAGCGGCUUCAAAUGGGGAUUAUCUCAAGGUAUCACAAAAGGUCGACAGUCUUAAUGCAGAACAACGAAAACAACAUAAUUUAGAUGACGUCUUCAGCUCUGAAGAAGCAAAACAACAGACGUUAAACGAUAGUUUAACAGAGGUAUUUGCUUCUAGGGGAGAAAAAUCGACUGAAAAAUCAGAGGGCUUGGGAAUACGUAUUGCCGAGGAAGAAAAAUUGCACACGUUGAACGAUAAUACUACUCAGGUAUUGGGCGAACAGACCGUUACUUUGAACAAAGAGGUUUCUCGGGAACAAAAAGCAAAUGAAUCAUUAACUUGGCAUGACUUAAAAGGCCUUCCUGCUGAUGAAAAAAGGAAACUAGAGACGUUGAACGAACUCAACCGCGCACAGGUUUGUGAACCAGAAAACAACAAGAACGGAGAACAAUGUAAGUUAAAUAUGGUUUCUGGCACAAGAGAUUUCUCUUCUCGUAGCGAAGAUAAUGUCACAAACGAAGAGGAAUUGGCCGUACCAGUCCCGGAAGCCAAUAUGCAAUUAAUUCUCAGAGUUCUGGAUUCACAGGAAGGGGCUAAAACGUCCAUUCGUGUUCUGGAGGAAGAUGACAUUGGACUUGCCACGUUAGACAGGUUUUGUAAUGUGAAGGACUCCGAGGGAUGCGAUUCCAAAGAUAUUGAUGUUUAUCUCAGAAUUUUGAACAAAACGGGAAGACCUUUAGGUAUCGAGGUGGAUAGUACAGAACAGCUUGUCGGAAACUUGACAUCAAGUGGAUCCACGCAAGUGCAUUGUCUCACUUCACAGGCACUCCAAGAAACUGCAGCUGAAUUAGUACAACGACAACCUAUCAGCAAUCCUGCACCUAAUUCUAGAAAAAAGAGGAGAAAACUAACUGGGAUUUAUAGAGAAAUUCUCUCAAGAAAGCCCACUCGCACAAGAGAUAAUUACCCAAAAUAAUGCCGAUGCCGGUGUAAACUAUUACGAUAUCGGGAAUUCUUGGCAAAGGCAUUACUGAGAUGACGAAAACAAUUCUGAACGAACGUCACAGGUUUAAAUUGCGUUUUUUUAUUUACCCAGUUGUGUUAAUGUUUUUUUUGUUUUGUUUUCGCUGGCGGCAUGCGAUAUAUAGUAAAGUGAAAAGCUAUCUUCAUGGCCAACACCAUCGAUAUAAAUAAACCUGGUUAUAUACAACAGAUGUCAAAUCUUACUUUCUCCAUUUUAUAAUUAGAGGUUUACUUUAGUGCCCUGUUAUGAUAGCUUAAAACUAGUUCAUGUCCGGAAUCAUCAUCAUGUGGUAAUGUAGCGAUAUACCAUCAUAUACCAUCAUAUAGUGUGACAUUGCAUCACAUAUCACCAAUCAUAUGACUUCGCAUCAUAUUACAUCACAUAAGCCCCGUCUACGGCUAAAAUGGGUACUCGUGCCCAAUUUUAUUAGUGUUCAGGCUACCAUAACAAAGGCUGGACACGAAUGAAAUGGGCACAGGUACCCAUUUUAGCCGUGCCGUGCCAAUAAAUUGAGGGUAGUGUAAUCGGGUCUAUAGUACGAUGUCAUUAUGCAUUACAUAGUAACCUAUCAUUGUAGAAUCGCAUAAUAUCAUAUAGCAUGAUUCAUAUAUUGCCCUAUAGACCUUACUAUUCUGUCUUUGAAACAUACAAAAACUCGUAUUACGACAUAUUGGAAAUUGGAAAGUGUUUUACUGCAUGCUAGGAGCAAAAUUUUAAUUCAAUGAUGAUAAUAUCGCAGCUAACGUAAUUUGAGUACUUUGAAUAUAAUGUUUCCAGUAAUUCGACGGUUACGCGUACCGUCCACACGUAUCCGGCGUUUUCUCCCACUCAAAAAGGGAGAAUCUGAAAACGCUCUCCGGAGUGGAAGAAUUUGAAAACGACGGCUGAGCGAAUACGAAUGGACGGCUUUGCCGGAUAAAUUUGAAAACGACGACGUCACUUAUCAAAUCGUUUCCAUACUAAUAAGGCUUGUUUCACUUCUUGUGGCUUAUGCUCAACUUUAUAUUGCUACAUUACCGUCAAAUGAGUCCUAUUUAAAACAUAGUCUGAAAUAUUAACCGUUUGUGGUGACCUGAUGAAAAACUGAA